GGAUGACGUACCUGAAGAGAUGUUGGACUGCUGUGAAAGGAAACAGCUGUUAUAUUCUCCAGUACAUGCUGGAUGUUAUGUUGUACGUUGCCAAAUUGUUCCUUAUGGUGCACUAUUUCAGCUUUAUGACAUGGCACUCAACACUUGAAGAGAACAUGUGCUUUCCUGCUAUGCUGCUGCUCAUGUUGAUUAUUUUCCUUUUGGGGUCAGAAUGAUAAUUGAUUGCUGCGAUAUUACCAUCUCUUAAUUAUUAUUUUCCAGUCUGUGAAAACUUUCUCACUUUUCCCUGCUGCUAUGGUGCUCCUUCUUUCUCUUCUUUCCAGCUGUUAGUUGCUGACGGACAGUGUCAUGCACAGUGAGAUCCAAUCUGGGUUAUUUUAGAUCCUUUACGAUAAGGACUAUAAACCAAGGGAAAUCUUUGAUUGUCGGAGUCGUAAUGAAUUAUAUGAUCCAGCCAUUCCCUGUUGUGAGCAAAAUCUAGGUAGUAUCUAUCUAAAGAAGGCAUUGAAUAUCUCUGCUUCUUAAAACUUCCGUGUUUCAUAUUCAUCUACGUUCCUAAAUUAUUUCCUUCUGAACUGACGUGCAAGGUGUUUGAAGACCAUGAGAACGGUAAUAAUAAUUAAAACAAGGAUGUAAAAAGAGGAUGUUUUAUAGUGGAUGUAUCUGUAAAGUACUUUGACAUUCAUGUAUGAAAAGUGUUUUAAGAGUCUGGAAUUAGAAGGAUAAUUUUGUGUUAUAGCACUAGGCCAAAGUAAUAAUAAGCAAUAGGGGGUUAAAAUUUCUAAUAAUACUCAGAUAACUGAGUGUGUAGUAGUUCUAGCAAAUAUGAGCGACACUUCUAACCUGAAUGCUGAUGAAAUUGAAGGUAUUUUCCAACCAAGAACUCAACUGGGAAUGAAUGUAUUUCCACUCUGAGAUCAUGUGAUGUAGUGAGAUCUUACCAAGAAGGCUAAUCAUGGGAAGAGGGAAGGACAGGAUUUAUGAAGUGUUCUUGUCCAUGACCUCAUCAACUCUGAAGAGUUUUCUCUGCUGUGCUUUCCAGUGUUUCAUCCCAUCUAGUUUAUAAUAACUUCCCUCUCUGUAUGAAAAAUACUCCAGAUCACGUCUUGCUGCCUGUCUCCAAAGGGAAGGUACAGUACACCGAAGCUAACAGGCAAAUGAAGCUGGGGCUGAGAAAAUACCUCUAGUUCCUGGUUAUAAGAGAGUUUGCAAUGGCGAUGCUCUGGAAAUUCAUGAGAGUAGCCAGGUAUUCUAAAACAGCUUUACCACCAAAAAUAAAAGUAAGAGGAAUUCCGACCCAUUCAAGGCAGUCUGUACCUUCAGAUUUUGCUGCCAGCGUACCCUGCUCUAAUACUGUGGAACUGUUUGGUAAAUCUUAUCCUCAAGAUGACUACACCAAUGUCACAGAGAAGAUUCUUUCCAAAGUGGGGAAGAACUUGCAUAACAAAAAGCAUCACCCUCUGUGGCUAAUCAAGGAGCAGGUGAAGGACCACUUUUACAAGCAAUAUACAGGACGCCGUGGGAAUCCGCUCUUUUCUGUCUAUGAUGGUCUUUCUCCAGUGGUUACAGUGCAACAGAAUUUUGAUAAGUUACUUGUCCCACGGGACCAUGUCAGCAGAAGAAAGGAGGAUAACUAUUACUUGAAUCGUGAUCACAUGUUAAGAGCACACACAUCAGCUCACCAGUGGGACUUGAUACACUCCGGUCUAGAUGCUUUCCUGGCAGUGGGAGAUGUUUACCGCCGUGAUACAAUUGAUAGCACCCACUACCCAGUCUUUCAUCAGAUGGAAGGAGUGCGGCUCUUCUCCUGUCAUGAGUUAUUCUCCAGUAUUAAAGAUGGUGAAAGCCUCCAGUUGUUUGAGCAAGGGCACCGCACUGCGCACAAACAAGAAUGUCACACCAUGGAGGCAGUGAGGCUGGUGGAGUUCAAUCUGAAGCAAGUGCUCACAAAGCUCAUGACUCACAUCUUUGGUGAUGGACUACAAGUCAGAUGGGUGGACUGCUACUUCCCAUUUACUCACCCUUCCUUUGAGAUGGAGAUCAACUUCCAAGGAGAAUGGCUGGAGGUUCUGGGCUGUGGUGUCAUGGAACAACAGCUGGUUAACUCAGCUGGUGCUCAAGAUAAAAUUGGCUGGGCUUUUGGCUUGGGCUUAGAGAGGCUGGCCAUGAUCCUGUAUGAUAUUCCUGACAUCCGACUGUUCUGGAGUGAAGAUGAACGCUUCCUGAAGCAAUUUAUUGUACCUCAUAUUUCCCAAAAAAUAAAAUUCCAGCCACUCAGCAGAUACCCUCCUUUGAUCAAUGACAUCUCCUUCUGGCUGCCUACUGAGGGAUACUCUAAGAAUGAUUUCUAUGACUUGGCCCGAAGUGUUGGUGGAGACCUGAUAGAAAAAGUUGUCCUGCUGGAUGAAUAUACCCAUCCAAAGACAAAGAAGGUCAGCCAUUGCUACCGUAUCGUUUACCGUCACCCGGAGAGGACUUUAACACAGAACGAGGUGCAUCGGAUCCAUCAGGCUAUUGAAGAAUCAGCAGUUCGAGAACUUGGGGUUGAGGGCAGGUUCUGAAGCCCUAAUGAAGUUGUUUUCUCAUUUUUCCCCCCUUUUUUUUGUUUUACUUUUUUUUAGAAUGAAGGGUACCAGUAAAGAGGAAUUCUGUGACUGAAACUAGCAUAUGAAACAAAUGAUAUGUGGGCAAUGGUGAAAUUACCAGAUAAUAAACAUUUCUAUUAAGAAAUAAUUGACAA